CCGGGAGGAGCCGCGGGCGGAGGAAGCGGCGGGGCCGGGGCCGUUCUGCAGGUGCCGGACCGGGGGUCCCGGGGGGCACCGCGAGGGAAAGGGAACCAAAGCCCGGCUCAGCCCCACCCUGCUCAUCCCAGGGGAGGGAGAACCAUCCCGGGCUGGCAGGGCUGGGGCUGCUCUGCGGAGGCUCAGGUGGAUCAGGGGCUGGUCGGAGCCGGAGGGAACCCAUGGUGGUUUGAAAAAUGAAAGCUUAUCUGUGCUUUAGGAAGCUUUGGGAGGCUGUGCCGCUGGGUGGCGGGAGCAAACAGGGAUGUAAACAGCCGGGGGCGAGUCUUUAUCAUCACACAAAAAUCCAGCGGGAGGGGUGGGUGCUGCUGGGCACAGGAAACGCUGCGGAGGAAACGCCAGGCGGCUGAGGCAGCGCUGCGACAGCUCGUGGGGAGGUGGAGGGUGUUAUUUGGAGUACGAGGCAGAUGAAGGAUUUCCAGCAUGCGCUCCCUUCAUAACGGAGCGUUGCUCAAGGCUCGGUAGCUAGGAAGAGCUCGGCGAAUUAAAUCCUGCUCCGACAAGUUUUGGAGGAGCUGAAGUAAACAGCGCUCCCCUUCCUUGGCUGCUCCGCGCUGCUCCUGACACGGCAUCUCCCCGAGCAGAGCCAGGGCCGCCUUUCCCGCAGGAAUUUCUCUUCUGGGAGCCGGAGCGGGGUCGAGCUGAGCCGAGCCCCCUCCCCUGCGCCUGGAGGCAGCCCCGGCACUGAGGCAAGUUCUCCGGGCAGCGUUUGCUUCCAAGCUGCCCGCGGAAUUUAGGUCAAAACAGCUGAACUGGGGAGGUUCUGCUUUUGCCCUCUGUCCGUGGCAGCACUCGGGGCUGUUGCGGUUCAGAGCAGGAAGAAGUUCACGGGGUGACUUUUUCCCUGGCAGCCCGAGAAAGUCGCAGCUGUUCGGGAGGGUUCAGGGGGCAGGGGAGGGUUGGCACAGCCCGUUGUGAGGUGCUGCCCCAGCCGGGGGAGCUGCAGGGCUUCUCUAACCCGGUGAGGUGGGCAAAGGGCAUUUGGGAGGGAAAUGGAGCAGCAAACAGCCUGUUUGGGGUUUUUUUUCUGCAUCUGUGCCCCUUGAAUUCAGGCAGGAAUGAGUUACAGCCUGACUUUGAUGAGGAAAUGACAGAGGUUUAUAAAACAAACAGUCCCAUCCCCACCUCCUCCUGUUCUCAAACUUUAAAGAGCUUUUCCUGUCCCUGAAAUGAGGGCACUUGCCCGGGGUUGAGGCACAGAUCAGCACUGGAGUUGGACGUGGAUCAGGUUUUCUUCAGGACUUGUCUGAGCAAGAGCAGGUAAAGAAUCUCAACAAGUUUUUAUGAAAAGGCCAAACAAGCUGGCAGGGCUGCCUUUCACUGGGUAAGGACAGCAGCUUCCAAAAGGUAAAUAUGGAGAUUCCUGCUCACAAAUAUUACACUGCUGGACUUUGGUGGAGCAACAGGGCCACGAUGUGGGAAGCUUCUUGGAAAAUCAGAGCUGGAAAAAGGAGGUAAAACUCCACUCCAAAUGCAGGAGUUGCAGCCUCUGUUACUUGUUGGUAUUUGUAAGGACAGACACUGCAAACAGUUUACAGAAGGGGGAAUCUGGAGUGGGAGGUUUGUUUGGGAUGCUUGGUUUGUUUAGCAGUUCCCAAACUACAGGGAAGGAGGUGAGCCAGGCACUGAUGUGUGUUCAUUAUUGUCAUUUAACCCCAGACUCGUGUCUGCUCCCCACACAGCAGAGGCACCUCAAGUUUUCUUAAAUCUCCCUUCAGCCUCCUUUUUGUCACUGUUGUUGGGGAUUCUACGGGGGAAAUCCCCAACCAGAGCAUUUCAACACCCCCUGCUUGUUGGUUAUUAUGUUAAAACCCCUCCUAAACCCCACAGCAAAACUUCCUCUCCUUCCCAAAGGUAAUUUUGCAGAGUUUGGCCUCACCAUGGCCACGGUGGUGACGGAGAAGCUCAGCCAGCUCUUCAUCAACGCGCGGCAGCUCCCGCAGCUGCUGGGGCCGCUGUCCCCGGCCACGGUGAGCAGCGCCGAGGUGCCGCCGGUGUUCUGGAAGCCCUACAUCCACGGCGGCUACCGGCCCGUGCGCCAGACCUGGCGCUACUACUUCUCCACGCUCUUCCAGCAGCACAACGAGGCCAUCAACGUCUGGUCGCACCUGGCGGCCGCCCUGGUGCUGCUGCUGCGCUUCCAGCGCCUCUGGCAGCGCGUGGACUUCGGGCAGGACGCGCACGCCCGGCCCCUGCUCAUCAUCCUGGCCGCCGCCAUCACCUACCUGACGUUCAGCAGCCUCGCCCACCUGCUGCAGGCCAAGUCCGAGUUCUGGCACUACGGCUUCUUCUUCAUGGACUACGUGGGGGUGGCCGUGUACCAGUACGGCAGCGCCCUGGUCCACUUCUACUACGCCAUCGAGCCUGGCUGGCACCGGCACGUGCAGGGCUUCUUCCUGCCGCUGGCGGCGGCGCUGGCCUGGCUGUCCUGCGCCGGCUCCUGCUACGCCAAGUUCCGCUUCCACCCGCGCUGCCCGCUGCCCGGCCGCCUGUGCCAGGAGCUGCCCUCGGGCCUGGCCUACCUGCUGGACAUCAGCCCCGUGCUCCAUCGCAUCUGCACCUCGGUGCGCCCCGACCCCGCCCUGCUCUACCACAAGUGCCAGGUGCUCUUCUUCCUCGUCGGGGCCUUCUUCUUCUCCCAUCCCUACCCCGAGAAGUGGUUCCCCGGGAAGUGCCACUUCUUCGGGCAGAGCCACCAGAUCUUCCACGUGUUCCUGGUGCUCUGCACGCUGGCGCAGAUUGAGGCCGUGGUGCUGGACUACGAGUCCAGGAGGGAGAUCUACUCCUCCCUGCAGAGGGACCUGGCUCACGACUGCUCUGCCCUGUUCCUGCUCACUGUCACCUGCUCUGUCCUCACAGCCACCUACAUGGCCCAGAGGGUGAAGAACAAGCUGGGCCUCAAGGAGGAGUAAAGAAGUGACCUCAGCCCAAAUCCAGCCCCAAGCCUCCAGAUGCUGCUUCACGAACUGCUACUCAGCAAGUGCUUUCUAUAGGAAUGAAAGAGAUGCUUUUAAUGCUUUUUUAAUAAUCCAGCCUAAGUUCCAGCUUGCUCUUAGAAUGGUACACGGGUUCAGUUCACAUGUGAAUAAACAGUUGGAACAAAGUGUCCUGUGUGCCCUGAGGGGCUGGGGAAGGCUCUGGGAGGCUGCCAGGUCUCCCAGCACGAGAUAAGGACAGGCCAUCUGGCCCCUGUUAGACUCUAAACCAUGGAAACAGACCAAGCCCCUGAGCGCCAGGCUCAAAGCACCCACCCGAGCUCCCGAGAGGAAGCAGAGCCCGGCGCUGCUCCCAGAGCCUGGCACCAGGCAAACCACCAUCCCCAGCUUCUUCAGCCCCCACUCAGAUGGAAGAGACAAAGAAAACUCCAGGCCAACUCCUUGCAGCCCGGCUGAAGCCUCUGAGGGCUCGGGGGUUCCUCUGGCUGCCUGGCCUGUGAAGAUCCUGGCCUUGCCACAGCUGGAGGGAGCCCGGGAAGAGCCCCCCGGAGCUGAGCAGGGGGUGCAGGGCACAGCCCAGGCAUGGAAAACACCUCUGGAUACCCUGGAGCUCCAAGUGCAAUCUCAGAGGCAGAGCAAAGCCUCCCGUGGGGCUGGGGGGCACUCCUGGUGCUGCAGCUGCUCCCAGGGCCCGGAGAAAUCCUGGUUAUUUCCUGAAGAAACGGCCUCAGGGGGCAGGGAACCACAGCCCUGGAGCACAGCUCCUUCUGGGACAGGCUCUGCUGGGGCUGAGGACACAAAUCCUGUUCCAGGGGCUGCUCCCAGAGGGGUUUGCUGCUCUCCCCAGAGCCAGGCGCGAGCUCAGCCCCUCCGGGAGCGGGGCCAGCUCCCAGCGGGGUCCUGCAGGCAGCUCUUCUCCCAGGACUCCCAGGGGAACAGGGUCAUUGCCCACAGGGCUAGGGCCAGCCCCCUGAGGGCCAGCCAGCCCCGGGGGCUGCAGCUGGAGCCGGGCUCCGAGCCCCUGUUCACGCAGGACUCGGAAGGGAACAGGGUCAUUAAGCACUGCUGAGUGAGCCCAGCCUGGGGGUGGCCACAGCUGGGGAGUGAACCCCUUGGUGCAGCCCCCAGCACCUCUCUGUUCUCUGAGAUGCUGCUCUGAUCCAAAUAAAACGUUGGAGUUUGUUC